AUUUGCUCACGUUAUAUUUUCAUAUAGCCUAGAGUUGUUGUAAACUUUUAAACAUGUGUGUAUGAAUUAAUUUUCUGUAUAUUUAAAAAGACAGAGUGAGGACCUCUGACCCAAUGACGUCACAGUUUGAGAGCGAGCGCGCGAGAGUCAAAACAUCAACAUUAGCAGCAGAAAGUUAGUGUCUGUUUGAGAUCAGGUGUUUUUGGCUCAUUCCUCUGGUCACAGUUUGCUCGGUGGCAGGAGCUCGGCUCUGUUAUUUACGAUGGGCUCUAAGGUGAUAUGCAGCGCAAAGGAGUUCUUUAAUAUUCUCCGAUCUCUUCAAGAUGAGGAAAGCGACGAUCCGUUUACACACGAGGAGGAUGUCCAAAUAUUAAAGAUGAAUGGAGACAGAGUUGCUGUGGUGAAUAUGUACUGUGGUAACCAGUCAGUCUUCAUCUGUCAAAAAGCUGUCCCAAAAAUAAGUGAAGCUGAUGAUGAUCAAAUAACUGAGAAUUCAAACUGCGCUGGUGAUGAUGCUGAUGAUGCUAAUGAUGCUAGUGUACUUAAAACAGACCUGGGACCACAGCCUCUCACAAUCACGAAAGCAAGGCAGUUACUGUCUUGGUACACAUUAGCUCAAAAUGCUAAUGUGUCAGCUGUGGACAACAACCCUGCGUUAAAUCCUCUGUGGGUGCGAUGCGACAUGUCAGAUCCUGCUAAAACAACCUGGUUUGGGGCUGAAACAGUCUGCAUCGGCAAUAAAGUAUCUGGUGUAAAAUUAUACUCUGUUACCUGCAAAGGUGCAGCGAUGGACAAAAGAACUUUCAUCACCUUGGAUGAGCUGAAACAAGAGCACAAGAAAAGGCAUCACCCCUCCUCGAUGGGAAUUAAGGGCAGUGCCAGGUUCCACUUGUUUGGCUCCACUGUUGUUGAGAACACAGUGAUUGAGUCACAGAGCAGCGUGACAGUGGAUUUCAAAUGGAGUCAUGUGGAGAGUAUCCUCGAGACCCCACCCCUCUCUUCUACAGCUACACUGAAUAUCAAAGUUACCAGUGGAGACAUGAGAAGCCCGAUGUUUGAGAUGUACAGGGAGAUGGAGUUUCUUCAGACUCUUGCUGAUGGUUUGAGAACUGGUGAGACUGAAUGGAUGGAACCUUUGGAGAGCACAUCAGCUGUAAAUCUCAUCAAGGCCUACCUAUCAGAGCUACAGAAUACUGCAAAGAAUCUACAGGAUCAGGCUCCAAACACAGCUGAGAGCACAAAGAUGAAGUCUGGGACAGACACUCCCAUUUUCAACUUUCUCUUGGAACGAGGAGAUUUGGAUUUUGUGGAACAGUUGUGGGUUCGCAUGAGAAAGAGUGUGACUUCAUAUCAAGACAUUGGAGACUGUCUGAAACUUGUCAUCGAAGCCCUGAGAUACGGAGACAUCAAACCAUGGAUUCACAGAGACAGCAACAGCUCCCUCAGCAAGCUCAUCCUGCAGUCCUACCACCAGCAGAUGGACCACGUGUCUCUCACAGGAGUCACACCCGUCCACAUGCUGCUGGAGAUGGGUUUGGACAAGAUGAGAAAGGAUUACAUUAACUACCUCAUUGGUGAAGAAUUGGCAACUCUAAACCACUUGUGUUACUACCUGAGCACUGAGGUUGAUCUACAGGAGCAAGUGAUCCGAUUGAGAAAACUGCACCACCUGCUGGAAAUAAUUGUGACCUGCAGCACAUUUCUGAGUCUGCCCUUCGACCGUCUGUUCCUUCUCACACAAUCGUGUUUGCAGCACUACAAAACAAUCCCAUAUGAUGAGGAACACGAAUUCAAACUCCAAAUCAAACCAGCCCUGAUCAGCCACUUUUACCAAAAAGAGCAACCGGUUUUGUGGGGAGCUGAGGUUUUCAGUGGCCACGGUCCUCGUGAGGUCAGGACGUCGUUACAGCUCAGCGACAGACCACUGGUUGAUCAUGUCAUGCUUGAAACAGAUUACCCAAAUGAAACAGUGAAUGGGGACAGUGAGGACCCAGCCUUCUUCUCCACCAUGGUGUGCUGCAGUCUUGUCAACUUUGCAUGAACUUACACAACAAAAUGCAAAUGGGGGGUGUUUAUUUUCAUGUUUGAUAUUCUCAUUGGUAAAAUAUCAGACAUACUCAAUUUAAAACCUACAUCGGGCACUAUAGAUGUUUCUGUUAAUAUGAUGUACUUUCUUGUUACAUGUUUUCAAUGAACAACCUUCAGUCCUUUGUAUAUAUGUUCUUUGACCCUGUGAGGGUCUUUGUGAUUAUUAUCACAUCAGCUGUUUUUUUUGUAUUCAACAGAGCAAUUGAAAGAGAUUGAGUUUCAACCAAAUGAAAACACAAAAAAUCAGUAGAUCACAGGUCUGUUUGCAAUGGUCUUAUUCCACAGCAGUUUUAAUAAGAAAAUCCAACUUGUUACAGGGCUAUUCACACAGUGUGAGUGUCUGCAACUAAAUUAAUUAUCAGCUCAACCAAUGGUUUUACAGCAAACACUGUUUACACGUCAAAUGAAUGAAGUCCCUCAUUUUCUUCUCUUCCAUUUUAAAUAAUGCAUUUAUGUUCACACGUUUAUUAAAGAGAUGAUGCAUUUA